CGUAAAUUUCCUGCGCGUCAGAGCGAGCGGGUAGCGCGUGAAGGGGUUCAAGUUCACUUUUCGUAGCGGAUUCCGGUGCUAGGGUGUGUUGUGGUCCUACAGCAUGAAGGAGACACCACUCUCAAACUGCGAGCGCCGUUUCCUACUCCGCGCCAUCGAAGAGAAAAAGCGGCUGGAUGGCAGACAAACCUAUGAUUAUAGGAACAUCAAGAUCUCAUUUGGAACAGAUUAUGGGUGCUGUAUUGUUGAACUUGGGAAGACAAGAGUUCUUGGACAGGUUUCCUGUGAACUUGUCUCUCCAAAGCUCAAUAGGGCAACAGAAGGUAUUCUUUUUUUUAACCUUGAACUAUCUCAGAUGGCUGCCCCAGCUUUUGAACCUGGCAGGCAGUCAGAUCUCUUGGUGAAGUUGAAUCGACUCUUGGAAAGAUGUCUAAGAAAUUCGAAGUGUAUAGACACUGAAUCUCUCUGUGUUGUUGCUGGUGAAAAGGUUUGGCAGAUACGUGUGGACCUACAUUUAUUAAAUCAUGAUGGGAAUAUUAUUGAUGCUGCCAGCAUUGCUGCAAUUGUAGCCUUGUGUCACUUCCGAAGACCUGAUGUCUCUGUCCAAGGAGAUGAAGUAACGCUGUAUACACCUGAAGAGCGAGAUCCUGUACCGUUAAGCAUCCACCACAUGCCAAUUUGUGUCAGUUUUGCCUUCUUCCAGCAAGGUACAUAUUUAUUGGUGGAUCCCAAUGAACGGGAAGAACGUGUAAUGGAUGGCCUGCUGGUGAUUGCCAUGAACAAGCAUCGAGAGAUUUGUACUAUCCAGUCCAGUGGUGGGAUAAUGCUGCUGAAAGAUCAAGUUUUGAGGUGUAGUAAAAUAGCUGGUGUGAAAGUACUGGAAAUUACAGAGCUAAUACAGAAGGCUUUGGAGAAUGACCAGAAAGUAAGGAAAGAAGGUGGAAAAUACGGCUUUGCAGAGUCUAUAGCAAGUCAAAGAAUCACAGCAUUUAAAAUGGAAAAGGCCCCUAUUGAUACCUCUGAUGUAGAAGAGAAAGCAGAAGAAAUUAUUGCUGAAGCUGAACCUCCUUUAGAAGUUGUUUCUAAUCCUGUGCUUUGGACUCCUGGAACUGCCCAAAUUGGAGAGGGAGUAGAGAACUCCUGGGGUGAUCUUGAAGACUCUGAGAAGGAAGAGGAAGAUGAAGAUGGCACUGAUGAAGCAAUCAUUCUUGAUAGUAUAAAAAUGGACACUGGAGUAGAAGUCUCCAAUAUUGGAAGCCAAGAUGCCCCUAUAGUACUCUCAGACAGUGAAGAAGAAGAAAUGAUCAUUUUAGAACCAGACAAGAACCCAAAGAAAAUAAGAACACAGACCAUCAGUGCAAAACAAGAAGCACCAAGUAAAAAGCCAGUGAGAAAAAGAAAAAAGAAGAGAGCUGCUAAUUGAAGCUCACAUAGUUGUAUAUUUGUGUAUAUAACUAUUAAAAGGAUAUUUAUUCAGUGCUCAUAACUUGAGUAUUUUUCUAUUCACAAAUCCAUUAUAAAAUCUAGUCGAUUCUUUAUAUGAUUUUUUACAUUGUGCUUUAAAAUAAACCUCUGAACAACUUAGUGGGUUUUAAAUAAUUGUCACUUCAGUAAAGUGGAAAAGUUGAUGAGGAAUGAAACAGCAUUUUCAUAGUGUGUACAAAGGGCUGAAAGAUUCUCAGGAUCAUCACAACUGAUAAAUAAGUACAGAUUUAUUCCACAUAUGCUUAGAUUAUGCUCAAGUCACCAAAUUGAUCCAGUUACUUAGGAAAAAUGAAUGCUCAAACUUUUAUCUGUUUUCGUAAAACUAUUUUUCAAUUUUAGGAGAAGCCUUCCCAGUUCCCUUCUACAGUAAAUCAAAAUAAUUCUUCAGAGUGAUAUCAUAAAGUCAAAUCAGAUUUGACUUACAAAAACCAAAUUUUCCAAAUCCAUUUAUUAGUUCUUAUUCUUACUGUGCUGACAGCUGGCAUUAUUAAUACUUUAACAAAACCACUUAAAAUUAGCCAAAUAUCUAAGAUAGUUACAUGUACAAAAGAUAUACAAAUUAAAACCAUUUAAAAAGUAAUAGAUACCAUAAUUUGUACUUGACCAUAACGCUAUUCAGAAAUGAUUGUAAAAUUAAAACCUUACAAAAACUGUACAUCAUAUACUUUGAUUUACAUUUUAGAAAACAAAAGCAGUCUUUCACUGUUACACAUUUAGUGUCUCUGGUGGGUUGAGGAGAGAAACACCAUGAUACCCAGCUCUGUCCUGUGACUGUGUAGAGUGCUAAAUGAAAAGCUGCUGCAGCUAUAACUGAUGGCAGGUACUUUAGAUAAGGGUCAGCAUCUAUGAGACUUAAUUCUCCCAAAAA